GGCGAUAUCCAGGUGUGGGGCCAGAGAUACACAGUUCAAGUUGAAGGCUUGAAGCUAGUGGCUGUUAGGCUGUUAUCCAAUCCUUUCCCUGUACACAGUAUAGACAGAGGGAGAGGAAGAGGUAGAAUGGCAAUCACCCUACUGUCAAUACCAACACCUCAUCAAACCCUUUUCUCUCAUCGCCUUUAUGCUAACAGCAACUCAUGCUUACAUGGGUCAGCAGCUCUUCUUAGAUACCCAUCUAAGUCCUUCAUUCUUCUCUCUUCUUCGUUUCCUUCUUCCUUAACUUCUGUUGCAGAAGAUAAUCCUCUGCCACCUCCACCAUGUGCUCGUCCUGUCCAGUCAGAAUCUGCGACCGUUGAUUCUGGGGAGCCUCCUGUCGGGGGUUGUAAGGCCUGUGGGAGACAGGAAAUUGAGAAGGGCUGCAAUGGAGAAGGAAGGAUUCAAGGUGGGAUUGCAACAUUUCCAGGGUUUGGUUGGUGGCCAAUAAAGGCUUACAGACCAUGUCCUGGAUUUGUGGCAUCUGGUGGCAGGUAUAGGCGGCAAGGGCAAAGCAUGGAUGAAGUUGCCUUUGGGAGGGGGGAGAAAAGAACUCGUACAGGAAGCAGCACUGAGGUUGAAUCCAGCAACAAAAGGUGAGAUCCAAGGAGAUUUAAGAGGUAAUCUUAGUGGAAGGGGAUGUGUUAAUGUGAUAUCCCUCAUCCGUCUACAGUGUAGCGGAGCAAGGCAUGUCACACUCGGUGCCAAAACACCCUAUCUUAUCUUAUCUCAAUUUAUUACUUCUUAAUUAUCACAUUUAAUUUUCAUUAAAUUUCUGUGGAGAAAUUGACGGAGUUUCCCCUCAUUUCUUAAUAAUUUGACGAUUUUUCACCUGUGUGAAACAAUUACAAUUA